AUGACAUUUUUCAAUUGCCGCGGGCAGGGCCGCCGGCCCCCAACUGUACGAUUGGAAUUGAAUAUCGCUUUGGUGACAAUAGCGAGAAAUCUAUUGGUGUUUGCUGUAAUGGCGAUUUGCGGCUAUCUAGCCGAAUGUUGGGAUGAUUUUUGGCGCGAAGACAUGCUCGUGAUUAAUUUGCGUUUGGUUGGAGGAGAACAAGAUGGUUUAUUCCAAGGCGUUCAGUUGCAUAAAAAGAUUCGGUGGGCUGAGCUACUGUGUACCAUAGAGGAUCUGACAAAUAUUUCUGUCAUCUAUCAACACAUCGAAUACCGUGGUAAAAAACUACCCGUGGCUAAGCGUCCUCUUCAAAAUAUACGAUUUGGCGAGGAGCUUGUCGUGAAACACGCUCUGCUCUUCAAAUGGUCCGCUUUAUUGCAGUGGGAAACGGCUUUUCAACAGACCUACGACAAAGAUCUGAAAAAAACGAUUCAUGAUGAUUCAAAAAAACUGAUCAAAACAUUGACGGAUGCUCAAUUCUUUCUGAUAUAUCCGGAUUUUUUCACACGUCGUUGUGCGAUCGAACGACAGUUCUUGAAGCAUUUCGAUCGAAAGGGGGAAACCAUAAAGAGUUCUUGCCGGGUUUAUUUCAAGAAAAUCUAUGGCGAGGAGUGCACAGUUACCUUCGAACCGCGUGAAGGAGGUUCUCGAGCCGGGUGCCUUUGCAUUGUGGGCGACGGAUCAACAGCUCGCAGAUUCUAUGUAAAGACCCACCAUGGAGCAGGAGAUAAAUCGUCGCCCACAAGAUGUGACACUGAUCUAAAAGAACUAUUCAUCUACAAGUUUUUGGAGGAACUGCAGAUGGGCGCUGAAAUUCAUUUCAUCAUUGAUGAAGCAGACUCGCGAUGGAUGAUCUAUAUUGGGAGUCGAGAGAUAUCAGGCUUCCAGACGCUAGAACGCUUGGAGCGGGAACAGCCGCCGGAAGCUCUCGAACAAUACUCCAAAGGCGUUGUUCAGAUGCUGUUCGUGUACAGUGUAUUAAUGUUGGGGGACCAUCACAAAGCCAACAUGGGCUUUGACGGUGCAGAUCGUCCUUUUAUUGUGGAUUUUUUCAUAAUUGGAAAACAAAUGACCGGUGUCAAAGACCUUCACGACAACGUGCGCAUGAUGACCGAGUCCAAGUUCAACAGCAAUCUUACUUUCGACGAACGGCUCAAAAUAUCGAAGGAAUAUCUGCAGGAAUCAGACUUUUCGGCCGUUUUCGAAAGCUUCACUGACGCCUUUCUUCAAAACCAAAAGCCUAUGCUCGAUAAUACUCGGCUCGUUUUUGACAAACCCCAAAAAACGGAUGAUCUCAUGGAAUAUAUCGAUAAUGUGCGCAGUAACAUCUGCUUAUUUGUUGGC